AUGCCCAAUCCAGGCGACGGCGCAGAACACCGACCAGUAGACUCUCAGCAGCAGCAGCAGCUGUUGCUGCGCCAGCACCUGCACCAACAAAAUCACCAGCGCGACGACGAAGACUCGCGCUCAGCCUCGUCGUCUCCUCUAGAUCCUGACAGCGCUUCGUCAUCGCUUGAGAGAUCGCCUCGGCUGGUGACGGAGCAGGAGCGCACACUGCCCGAACAGGUCGUACGCAGCUCGCCGCAGACGUCAUCGUCGUCAUACGCUCCUCCUCCGCUGUUCCCAAAGGAGAGCAGCAGUAGCAAGAGCGACAGCAGCAGCAGCGCUGGGCCCUCAUUGCCGAACCGCGGGCACGGCUACUAUCUUUCCACAGGCGAGAGGGGUGGCAGCGGGCUGUCUUUCUACAAACGCCAGAAGACUUCCUCGCCGCCGACUUCGAUUGACGAAGGCGACGACACGCAAGACGGCGACGCAGAGGGAGCGAGCGACAAAGGAUCUUCGGUGGUGGCUGGAGAGCAACAGGCUGCGUCACUAGCAUCAUCCCUGAGCAGAGCGAGCCCGAGCCAUCGCCAGCGCCAGGUCCCCAACCACGGCAAUAGCGGUACCACCACGCCGCUGCGCUUCUCCUUCGGGAGCACUUUUACAGUAGGGCAAGGUCACGCUUCAGGCUCGAGCCCAGACUCACCCAUGACGACGACAGAGGACGACGCAUCCCUGCCGUCGUAUUCGGAAGCGAUGGAACAGUCGGUCGAGCUGCGCCCGCACUCUCCAGCGCCACCUGCUUCCGAUUUGGCUGAUCCGGCACAACUCCUGUCGGCCGAUGUGCCUCCGAGCGUCCAACAGGCACCGACACCUUCGGAGCAGCUGGCAAAAGUAAAGGCCUCGAAAGACUUGCCGCUCAAGGAGGGUGACGCUUGGGCCGUCCUCCAGAGAUCCUGGCUCAAGCGCUGGUCGACAAAGUGUGCAACGCUGGACGAGGCAAAGGGCAAGGCCGAUGUUGAGGUUGAGGAGCUCGAGGUGGGAGCCGUGGAGACGGCAGACCUGGCUGAUGUGGCGCAUCCCGGUGCUUUGAAGACGGGCAUCGAAGAGGGCAUCGAUUUUGAAGUCGUUCCCAGCGAAUUGUUUGAGCUCUUGACGAGGUGGUAUGGGCGGCGAGGACCAUUGUUCGAGCGGAAAGUCGUCUCGAUGCCAGCCUCGGAUGCCUUGCGGAUCGAGCUGUACCCGCCAGUCUUGGAGGUCUACCCGAUCCUUGCGCCAGGCGCGUCCAGAGGAGCGAGCACAAGCUCCGGCGUCAUCGUGACGAGCCUUUCGACGUUGAAGAGACUAGGCGACGUCAAGGCGGCCGUUCUGAAGCAAAUGUCCGAAGCCGAAAGGAAGUCGCUCGGACCAAGCGAAAUGCGCUUCUGGAGGCUCCCUGCCGAUGCGGCCAUCUCAAGCGAUAGUCAGGGUAGGGCCGAGCCAAGCAUCGGUCCAUCUGUGCCGGCAGAGGCGCUGCAGGCACCGGGCGUGGAGCUCAUCGCUGAGGACAAGGACACGUUGACCUUGGCCGAGCUGCAAAUCGAUCAGGCCGUUGAGAAACUCGCUCUUGAGGUCCGUCAGAAGGGCGCCGCCUGGACUUUCGACCAGGAUGGCAAGCUGGUGGCGCCUGCUACCCAGUCGGUCAAGGGCAUCUUUGCGCAGGACGGAGGCGACUAUCUGUCCAAAAUGCAAGCCAAGCAGGCCGAGUCUACCGACGUCUCUUCGCUCCCGAUAUCUCACCAGCGCGACGACGCCAGCCCAAGUGCGAGCAGCAGCAGCAUCUUUGGAUCGACCCUCGGCCGCGUCACGCGGUCCCAGACUGCAGCCGACCGAGGGACUGAGAAGCAGCAUGGGACGACAGGCCUAUACAACCUUGGCAAUACAUGCUUCAUGAAUGCAGCGCUGCAGUGCAUGUCCAACACUCCCGAGCUCAAAGACUACUUUGUGACGGGCGUCUACAAGAGCGAGAUCAAUGCAGACAAUCCCCUGGGCAUGGGUGGCGCCAUCGCAAAAGUAUUUGGCGAGCUCCUCACCAAGCUCUGGAAUAGUGGGGGUGGGGCGUGGCACCCUCGCGAGUUCAAGAUGGUUCUCUCGCGAUUCAGUCCGCAAUUCAUUGGCUAUCAGCAGCAAGACACGCAGGAGCUUCUUGCCUUUCUCCUUGACGGGCUCCACGAGGACUUGAAUCGCAUCGUGAAGAAACCCUACAUCGAAGCACCCGACUGGGAAGGCGGCGGCAUGUUGGAGAUGGUGAAGUUCGCCCGAAAGCAGUGGGAGAUCUACAAGCUUCGCAACGAUUCGGUCAUUGUCGACCUGUUUCAAGGACAAUACAAGAGCACGCUCGUGUGUCCCGAGUGUGGCAAGGUGUCGAUCAAAUUCGACCCAUUCAUGUACCUCACACUGCCGAUCCCGAACCGCAAGGUGAUUUCGCGCAAGUUGACCUUUAUCCCCUGGGACCAGGGCAAACCCAUCCGUGACGUCAAGUUGCGCGUCACUGGCGAUUCGUCGAUGGGCAAGAUCAAGGAGAGACUGGCGCGAUGGUUUGACACCGACCCCAAGCAGCUGCUCAUCGUCGACUUUUUCAAGGGUUGCUUCUACAAAGUCUACAGCGACUACGACAGUAUGUUUGAGGUCGCCGAUUCGGACAUUACCUUUGUCUACGAAGUGCCGACUGCGAUCAGGUCGGUCGCACCCCCUCCUUCCCAAUUCUCGUUCGGGAGGGGUGACGGCAUCGAAGAGGCCGAGGGCAAGCACGAGUACAAACAGGCUGCAGCGUCCAAUCUCGAAGAGUCGGUCGUCCUGCCCGUCUUCUCGGCCUCCGGACGCGUCAAUGGCGGCGAACGACAGGGAUACAUGAGCAGAGCAUCGAACGAUUUCGUGGCUUUCGGUCUUCCCUUCUUCGUUAGCGUGCCAAAAGGACAGGCCAAUGACCCAACGGCGAUCCAAGAGGCUGUCUUGAGACGAUACCAGGCCAUUGUCAAGGACUGUAAAGAGAGCCAGGUGGUGUCAGAGUGUCUCGAGGGCUUGCGGGAUAUCAAGAGCGGCGCCUCGACUCCCGAGGACUGGGACAUGCUCGAUGACACGUCGGCCACCACGGCCAAUGGAACAGCCGUCGUAGAUGAUGCGGCCCAGAACGAUGUCGUGCUGCCGCUGGACUCACAGGAUGAAGAGACCAUUACAGAGAUCUCAAAUGAUGGGCAGACGGUCAACAUUAUUCCUGGUCAGCAGAAGCAAGGACAAGAGCAAGAGCAUGCUCUUGCGUCCCAGAAUGGUGCAGCGGGCAAAAAGAGCAAGUCCAAGCCGCUCUUUUCGAUUUUCUUCUCUAUCAACCGCGAUGACCGCGCACCAAUCCCACUCAAAGCCCACCGUGGCGAUGAUAGUGGCGAGGAGCUGACGGCUCGGCUGCAGCGCAUCGGUGGCGCCCCUCGUCCGCACGAGGCUGCCAAGAAUGUCGACAUCGACGCGGAGAUGGGCUCGCCUGGAGAAGAUUCGGCAGAGGAGCAGGCCAGCGUGGAGAAAGAGCUAUCGUUGUCGUCGUCCACAAACCACACGUGGCCCCUUGUCUAUCCGGGAGGAGCGCUGACAUGUGUAUGGUCACCCAACAUCAAGAAACGCGUCUUUGACGAUGACAGCAGCGAGUCGUUGCAGGCUUGGGAUACACGAGAGGUCGAGCCUUUCCUCGACCCGGAGAUCCAAGCGGCCAUCGACGAGAAGCAGAAAGCAGGUGGCAAGAGGACUUCCAACUUGACAAUCGAAGACUGCCUCGAUGAGUUUACAAGAGAGGAGAAGCUCGGCGAGGAGGAUCCGUGGUAUUGUCCGCAGUGCAAGGACUUUAGGCAGGCAACUAAGAAGUUCGACUUAUGGAAAGUGCCUGAUAUUCUCGUCGUCCACCUCAAGCGCUUCCGUGGCGGGCGUGUGUCGCGGGACAAGAUUGAUGCGAAUGUCGAUUUUCCCGUCAAAGAGCUCAAUCUCGAAGAUCGUGUCGAAGGUGCCAAAGCGGUCCGUGAGCUUGAAGCCAGCGGCGAAUCGCUUGCUUCGUCAAUGACGCUCUCAAUCCAGGACGGCGACGAAGAAGACCCUUUGGCGGCGAGCAUCACGUCCGACGCCAACGAUGAUGCCGUGGCAUCGGAUAAACCCAUCUACGACCUUUAUGCCGUCGACCACCACUAUGGCGGCCUCGGUGGCGGACACUACACGGCUUCUGCCAUGAACCCUGAGGACAAUAAGUGGUACUACUUUGACGAUUCCUCCGUGCGACCCAUCUCAAACGUCGACGAAGUAAAAGGCCCUUCAGCGUACCUGCUCUUCUACCGUAGGCGUACCACAAGACCCAUCGGAGGAAAGUCGCGGGAAAAAGUCGUGGAUGCCGUUAGUCAGACGAUGAAGGGUGGCAACGAUGAGGCCUCCUCGUCUGCCGCAGCCCAGGGCUCGUCAGUCAACGGACCGUCGACCAGUGUUGCGGGGUUUGGACACAUGGAUGGGGGUGGUGGGGGUGGAGAAGAGGUUCAUGAGGCCGAAGGCCUCAACUCUGAAAAUGUAGGCGCCUCCUCGUCGGCAGCCACCUUCGCACCAACUUCGCCGCCCGGAGCGUGGGGCCCAGUGCCCUUUGAUACCUAUGCGGACUAUAUGCCGAACGAGGAAGCGAGCAUGUUCACAUCAUCUUCUCCGACCGUGUUCCCGCGCACGGAUGAUGGCCCUACCCAAGACUGGGACCGACAUUUCGAGCUGAACAAUCGCCAAUUUGGAGAUGGCUUUGGAGGAAGAAGCUCGGUGGACAACGAAGACUCCUGGAGCGAUGGGGCAGCGGAAGCAGGGAGCAGUGUUGGCGGGGCAAGCAGCGGCAGCACAGCGACGAGUGAGCUGUCCGCGCAGUCGCCCGAAGACUUUUCGGCAAGGAGAGCAUUCGACGACGGCGAAUCGCAUGGGGACCUGGACGAUGACGUCGUCGUCACCACUGAUGCCGUCCAUGUCGUAGGAGAAGAGGACCGUACGAUGCAUGCAGCUUCAUCGCAGUCACCCUCAUUGCCAACCGCCAAGCAGAGCGCUCCUGCCCCUGUUGUCCGGCUGCCUUCACAUGUCCCGACGGCCAGUGCCCCUCUAGCGACGAGAACGACGACGUCACAUUAGAAGCGCGACAGUCUGAAUUUUAAAAUUGCUCGGCCUCCCCUUCUUUUACCUCUUUGGCGUCAUCGUCAUCGUCAUUACCAUCAUUGUUAGCUGGGCGAGCGGCCGGCCGAUCACGUCGAGGGAAAGAGUAGAAACGUUUAGCAGCCACCCAUAUCAUGACCUCUUUGUUUUGCAACCAACAUAGUUCAUUCGCACGCGACGAGCUUCUCAGCAAAUGUCUUGCUUCAAGCCAUCUGCAAUUGCUGCAGCAUUUGCAAGUCAAGGGCGAAAGCCACAGUCUGAUAUGCUCGACUUGGAGCCUUUAUGUGUGGGUGGCUCCAGCACUACUAAUCCAUUUUGCACAUGUAUGCUUGCUCGUACUGCGAAGCCUAGCCAUUGUUAUUCUUCCGCUGCACGUCUCGGACCCGAAAUUAGUGCAAGAGAAUGAUAGAAGAAAAAGUUCAAAAGGCAU